UUGCAUUCCUUCCAUUUUAGUCUGACCUAUAUUCGGCAAUAUUGCCUUAUCAAGAAAUGUGAACAUGUUAUCUGUAUGCAUCCGAAGUUUUCGCAAUACAACAUACUUAAAAGCGGUGAAGUCACUGAAGAUGCGACUUAAUAAACAGGAGAUACUUGCCGUCUGCUAUGCCCUAUUUUCCGGUGCUUUUACGUUCUUACUUGACGUUCAUACGAACACGUGCAUUGCCCCGCCACCUUGCGUGUGUGACGCCACGAGCAUUACGUGCGAUGACUCCGCGCUGCACUACUUUCCGAACUUCACCGUGGCUGACUACUUUCGCUCGAGCUUUCUGCGCAUCAGUAUGGCUAAAAAUAACUUCCUGCAGAUUCCCGCAAACGCCUUCGAAAAUAUUGACACCACCAACGCUACCCAUAUUACUCUCGUCCUUUCGCAAAACGGCAUUUCCGCCAUCGAUGACAACGCGUUCAACGGAAUUGAAACGGAAAUUACUGAACUCGAUCUUACGAACAAUGAUCUAACGUCACUUCCGAUCGCUCUUGGCAAACUUCCAAAUCUGGCCGCUCUGUGGCUGAGUAAGAAUCCUCUACGAUCUCUUACGUCUCAAGCACUUUUCCGUGUAAGUUUGAGCGUAAGAGAAUUGUCUCUUAGUUUAAACAAUUUUUCAAGAUGGCCGCGCGAACUUCACUACUUCCGGUUUUUGCAUAAGCUCUUCGUUGACGGCUUUACGGAGUCUCGUCUUCCGCUGGACGCUCUUUCCGGUUUAGAAAAGACAAUCACGUGGUUUCAAGUAUCAGAAUCCAAGCUAGACCUAAUUCCGUUUGUGAUAUGCCACUUGCCGAACUUGCGCUAUCUGGAUUUCAUCUCAAACUGGGAAACACAGUCGCCAAUCUUCGAGCCUUGCAACCACAAUAUCACCGAAGUCCAUUUCCUCAAUCUAAGAAACAACACUCUGAAAGACUUCCCAGAUGUGCUGAACAGCUUUACUUCCCUUGCAAUUCUCGACGUGAGCGUUAACAACAUCCGGGUCAUCGAUUCCAGUUUGAUUCCUCAAAACGUGAGCGUCACUCAUUUAAACCUCUCCCACAACGCAUUCACACGUGUACCUAGCGCCAUAACGAAGUUUCCAUAUGUGACGUCACUCUAUCUAGAAAAUAAUAUGAUUACUUCUCUUGAAGAUCCCGAUUUAGGUCACCUUGCGAAUCUUCGGGUGUUGGACCUAUCCCACAAUCCAAUCGAGUACAUUUCCGGUGACGCGUUUGCUUGGCAGACGACAUUCGACUACUUGGAUCUUUCCAGCACACGCCUUGUUCUGAUUCCCUCCGCGCUCGCCUCUCCGCGCUCCAUUGUUACCCUUGACCUAUCGAGGUCACCGAUCGAGUGCACGUGUAAAUUGGCCUACAUGAAGAAGUGGUCAGUAAACGUGACGACCAUAAGCGGCACGUGUGAAGGUACAGGCGAAUUGGUCAACUCGUUCGUCACGAGCUUUCUGCCUCUAUGUCCUUAAAUACAUUUUGACGAGAGAAAUCCGAAACAGUAUGUUGCUUAGUUUGCUUUUAUAGUGUUUACACCGCGAAAUUACCGAAUCUUACAGACUGGUGAUACUGAAUUUUAAAGACCCGUAAGUUCGUUUGUUGAUUGGUUGAAACAAUGUUGUUGCAUAUUCGAGCAACGUUGGAAAUCCACUUUGUUUUCUGUCUUGUUCUUUUUUGUUCGAAUACUUUAUUGAUUAAACAUUUGAAGAGGUGAA